GGAUCCAGAAGAAGGAUGUACCUGGCUGGGAAGUUGGUGUGUUUCUUGCAGCUGGUCCUUGUGAUUUGGACCCUGCUGCCCCUGUCCGGCUGGGCUUUGGUUUGCUUGCCUUGCGAUGAGUCCAAAUGCGAGGAGCCUAAGAGCUGCCCGGGGAGUAUAGUGCUUGGAGUGUGCGGCUGCUGCUUCAUGUGCGCCCGGCAGAAGAACGAGACCUGCGGCGGAGUCUAUGGGCUGCAUGGAACCUGCGACAAGGGGCUUCGCUGUGUCAUCCGCCCCCCGCUCAAUGGAGACUCCAUCACUGAAUACGAAGUAGGGGUCUGUGAAGAUGAGAACUGGGAUGAUUACCAGCUGCAUGGAUUUGAGCCUUGCAAUGAAAACUUUGUAACUGGUUGCAACAUCAUCAAUGGGAAAUGCGAGUGUGACACCAUCAGGACCUGCAAUAGCCCUUUCGAGUUUCCAAGCCAGGACGUUUGCCUAACGGCACUCAAAAGGAUCGAGGAGGAGAAGCCAGACUGCUCAACAGCUCGUUGCGAGGUACAGUUCUCCCCGCAGUGUGCAGAAGACUCCAUCCUCAUUGAAGGUUACGCCCCACCCGGUGACUGCUGCCCGUUACCAAGUCGCUGUGUGUGCAAUCCCGCAGGGUGCCUAAGAAAGGUCUGCCAACCUGGCUACUUAAACAUACUUGUAUCCAAGGCAUCAGGCAAACCCGGGGAAUGCUGUGACCUCUAUGAAUGCAAGCCAGUCUUCAGCGUGGACUGCAGCACAGUGGAGUGCCCUCCAGUUCAGCAAGUUGUAUGCCCACCAGAUAGCUAUGAGACACAAGUCCGGCUCACCGCCGAUGGAUGCUGUACCCUGCCUACGAGAUGUGAAUGCCUAUCUGGCCUGUGCAGUUUCCCUGUAUGUGAAGCUGGAUCCAUCCCCAGGAUAGUUUCUCGUGGCAAUGGGACGCCUGGCCAAUGCUGUGAUGUGUUUGAAUGCGUUAAUGAAACAAAACCAGCAUGCAUAUUUAACAAUGUGGAGUAUUAUGACGGGGACAUGUUCCGCAUGGACGCAUGCCGAUUUUGUCGAUGUCAAGGAGGUGUGUCCAUCUGCUUCUUAGCACAGUGCGGAGAGUUGCACUGUGACCGCUACUAUGUUCCAGAAGGAGAGUGCUGUCCUGUUUGCGAAGAUCCGGUAUACCCUGUGCGUGAUCCAGCCGGUUGUUAUGCUAAUGGCCAGAUAAGAAGCCAUGGUGACCGCUGGAGAGAAGAUGACUGCACCUUCUGCCAGUGCAUUAACGGGGAGCCACACUGUGUCGCCACUGCAUGUGGGCAAAGUUGCUUGAAGCCGGUUAAGGUUCCAGGAGAAUGCUGCCCUGUGUGCGAAGAACCAACGUAUAUCACCAUGGCUCCCCCAACCUGUGAUUUGUUGCCUAACUGCACGCUUACUGAAAAGGAUUGCAGCUAUGGAUUCCGAUUAGACCAGAACGGCUGCCGCAUUUGUCAGUGCAAAACCCGUGAGGAGCUUUGUACAGGACUCAUAUCUGGGUGUGCUCUGGACUGUCCUUUUGGGUUUCAGACCCACCUUCACAACUGCGAGAUCUGCCAAUGUAGGCCUCGGCCUAAGAAAUGCAAGCCUGUAGUCUGCGACAAGUAUUGCCCGUUUGGCUAUCUGAAGAACAAGCAUGGCUGCGAUAUCUGUCGCUGUAGAAAGUGUCCCAACGUACCGUGUGGCAAGAUAUGUCCAAUGGGUUUUGAGCAAGACAGCCAUGGAUGCCUUGUCUGCAAAUGUAGAGAAGCACCAGCAUCUGCCUUACCACCAGUCAAACCAGACACAUGUCUGUCCAUGGAUGGUCGACGUCAUGAAAACGAGGAAAGUUGGCAUGAUGGGUGCCGAGAGUGCUACUGUCACAACGGACGUGAAAUGUGUGCUCUGAUCACUUGCCCGGUACCUGGCUGUGCCAGCCCCACUAUACAUCCAGGACAGUGCUGUCCAUCAUGUCCAGAUGACUCUAUUGCACGAAAGCCAGAGUUCACGGACCCAUCAAUCUGCCAUGCUCCCGGAGGGGAGUACUUUAUUGAAGGAGAGACGUGGAACAUUGACACUUGUACCCAGUGUACUUGUCAUAGUGGUCGAGUAUUGUGUGAAACAGAAGUCUGCCCACCACUUCUUUGUCAGAACCCAACUCGUACUCAGGAUUCAUGCUGUCCUCAGUGUCCAGAUGACUCGCUUCAGCCUUCUACAUCAGGCAACCAAAGUAUGCCCAGCUACUGCAAAAAUGAAGAAGGAGAUAUUUUCCUGGCAGCCGAGUCAUGGAAACCCAACGUCUGUACAAGCUGUGUCUGCAUGGACGGGGUGAUCAGCUGUUACUCUGAAUCUUGUCCACCUGUAACCUGCGAAAGGCCAGUUCUACGGAAAGGCCAGUGCUGCCCUUAUUGCAUCGAAGAUACAAUACCAAAGAAGGUGGUGUGCCAUUUCAAUGGCAAAACAUAUGCAGAUGAGGAGCGAUGGGACAUCGACAGCUGUACCCACUGCUACUGUUUGCAAGGCCAGACACUUUGCUCCACUGUCAGCUGUCCUCCUCUGCCUUGUGUAGAACCAAUGAACGUGGAAGGGAGCUGCUGUCCUAUGUGUAAAGAGAUGUACAUACCCGAACCCACUAAUAUUCCAAUUGAGAAGACAAAUCACAGAGGAAAGAGUGAGCUGGAUUCUGCGCACUGGCCAACUCCCAGUGAGAAUGACAUUGUCCAUCCCCACAGAGACAUGGGUCAUCUUCAAGUGAACUACAGAGAAGGAGAGAGAACACGGCCAAAUGAAGAAGAUUCAUUCCACUCAGUUGCUUGGGUGGCUGUACCUAUAAUGACAGCUUUUGUUAUUAUCCUAGUCCUUCUUCUCAUCAAUCAAAAAAAGCAGUGGAUACCUGUGCCGUGUUAUAGAACACCAACCAAGCCUACCUGCCUAAACAACCAGCUAGUGUAUGUGGACUGCAAGGGAACCAUGGUUCAAGUAGACUGCUCUCAACGAAUGCUAAGGAUGGCUGAUCCAGACUCAAGAUACAGUGGUUCCUACAGUAUGCAAAAACAGAACAACCUGCAGGCAGACAAUUUCUAUCAAACUGUGUGAGGAAUGCCCACACAUCUUCAGCAAGGAUUUCCCUUGACACAAUCAUAAAAAUAAAAAAAAUGACGAAAGAGGAUGGAACAGAGACUAUAAA